AUGGACGAGGUUGCCAAAUUGUUGUAUGGGAGAUCUCUAGUGAUGCUUGCUGUAACUUGCAAAUGGUUUCGUCGCAUUAUGAUGGAGGACAGUCUAUGGAAGUAUUCAUGCUUGCGCGACCUUCAUGUUCCUGACCCUGGAAACGUCACAUUCAAAUGGAUCGAACUCUAUACCACAGCUUUUGAUGGAAGUCACACAUACAUCUUCCGUCAGCAGGAGAAACAUAUUGAUUGGGUGCGAAUUGAAGGAUUCUUGUUUGACUCACCUGAUGCUCUCCUGACUGAGAGUUUAAUAGAAAGCAUAAAAACUCCCAAAGAGGAGACAUCGGAGAAAUUGGUGCAGAAAGAAGGAUACUGUUUGUUAAACAAUACUAAAACUGGAAUCUGGAUGCUGGUUUCAACUGCUUUUCUGUUUGAAGACUUGCAUCUUGUCCGAUGCCCUGUUUGUGACCUUGGUACUUGUGAUGGUACAAUGCAGACAUUGGACGCUAGGCAUAUUGAACUCUUCCUGAGUGAGGAUUAUCGUAGUGGGAGCUGGGACUACCACCUUUUCGGAUCCCAUAAUGUCAACAAGCAGGCUGAUGGGGCUUUUGGUGGGAUUUUCAACGUCAAAUAUCUUAAUGAUGAAUCAACUUCUGAUAUCUUUGAUCUCAAGUUCUGGGUAGGAAAAAGAAAUGACUGGAAACCAAAAGCUAUGAUAACUCUUCACGCAGUUGCAGUAAACACUAAUUUGCAAGAUAAUGAAGUUCUUCAGAUUACAUACCACGCUAUGAGGGCCGGAAAAGACAGCAAAGUCGUAUCAAUUCGUAUAUCUCAGUAG